ACUAGAAAAACCCUCUUAUAUCAUCCAUCCUUUCGCCUCUUCGUUACUUUGCUGCCUCAAACCCUAAAAACUCAGAAGAAACCAAGGAAGAAGAAAUAGCAGCAAUCAUGGCGGAACCAGAGGUCGAUGUUGCAGGAGCACCAAAAAGAAGGACGUUCAGGAAGUUUGCCUUCAGAGGAGUAGAUCUAGAUCAGCUUUUGGAUAUGGGUACUGAUGAGUUGGUUAAGCUCUUCACUGCUAGAGCUAGGCGAAGGUUCCAACGUGGUCUUAAGAGGCAACCAAUGGCUCUUAUCAAGAAGCUCCGUAAGGCUAAGCGUGAUGCUCCACAAGGAGAGAAGCCAGAACCUGUUAGGACUCAUCUUCGUAACAUGAUUAUCGUCCCUGAGAUGAUCGGUUCCAUUGUUGGUGUCUACAAUGGAAAGACCUUUAACCAGGUUGAAAUCAAGCCUGAGAUGAUUGGUCACUAUUUGGCUGAGUUCUCUAUCUCAUACAAACCCGUGAAGCAUGGUAGGCCCGGUAUUGGAGCUACUCACUCAUCUAGGUUCAUUCCCCUCAAGUAAGAAUGCUGGUUGUUGCUGUUUGCUGCCAUCAUCAGUUUCGCCACCAAAUUCUCUUUCACCAUAUAUCAUCAGAGACAUGCUUUUGGAGUUAAUAGGCUAUUUGUGUUCCGUUUGGAGUAUUCUACCAAUGUUUUGCUUUUAAAUUAGAGUUCCAGAAUUACUGCUUGAUGUUGCUGUCUUUUAGUUAAACAUCUUAAUUUUGUUGGUGAUUUUGGUUAAUAGAAAAAACUUAAGGAUUUCUUAUGCUUUGGGAAUAUCUGUCUGAAUUUUUUAAAGAGUUCUGGGCAAAUCAGAUACCUUUGGCAAAGA